CCAAAGUCAGGUGACGCAUGAAAAGCCUCGGUAUCAGAGGUUUGUGUAUAUACUCGUACGAUGUAAAAACCCAGACAUCCUUGAAUCCUUGAGGCUAGGCAUUUUUUUUCAAGAACUCGCCCCCGGACUCGGCGCAACGGGCCCGCCACGUGACCAGAGCAUGCCGACCCUGAGAGACGCCGGGAAGAAAAGAGAAAAGAAGUCCCAAUAGCAUAAGACAUGCCAGACCGAAGUUGAUAGAUUCCUCGAAUCCGUCAUGUCCGUCAUGUCCGUCAUGUCCGUCAUGUCCAUUUCUAUCCCUACCGACACACGACACCUGAAAAGGAUACUCGUAGUGACAAAUUAGAGGUGUCCGCCGUGCCGUGAAGCAAAUCCCGAAUCUCCACGGUUCGGGAUUUGGAUCGCGAACGAUCGAGCAAUCAGCGCACCGCUUCUAUAUCAGGGCUCUUCUUCACUUUCUCCCACUCGGGAUUCUUCUGUGUCAUCCGGGCUCAAACCAACGAACAAGCUAUCAAAGAAACAAGGCGCCACCUUUCCAUCACCCGCUGCAAACCAAAAGACAAAAAGACGAAAGAAGCCAGUCCAGAGAUCCCGCCAAAGAGGGCCUGGCGGGGGAGUUAGCGGAGUAUCGCCCCAUGCCCUUCCGGCAGUGUGAUUCGCCAUGGUCGACGCUUUUCAGAACGAUUGCGGGCUUGUCUCGACGGCGCCCCGGCCGGUUCGCAAGAAAUUCGCUAAACCGCCCGUCAAAGUAGCUUGUUUGCCUUGUCGCGCCUCCAGAACACGCUGUGGCGGACAGGAACCUUGUUCCAAUUGUGUCGCCAAAGGUCGAAAAUGUUCAUACCUACCCAGCAAACGGGGUGGGCCACGCAAGAAGAAGCAAAAGGGUUCACCCUCUCCAGAAGAAGACUUACCGCACGAAGAUGCACGAUAUACCGUGGACCCCGCUACGGAAUUCGAUGAGCCCCCGGGGAUGUUUAGUCAAAUCGACGUGCUAUCUAUGCCGGGUGCUGGAUUGCGACACCUGGAUUACCCACAGCUGGGCUCUCUAUUCCAGGGCUUUUAUGGUGGAGAUGAAAGUCCGUCUCAUGUUCAUAUGGGGGCUAUGCCGUCCCCCUUGAGUACAUCGUCAUGCCUGGUGAGAACCUACGGGAGUGAACCGGAAAUUUUGAACGCCUAUUAUGAUUUCAUCCAUCCUUAUUUCCCCAUCUUACCGCCUCGGGCAUCACCCCAGUUCCAGGACCGACCAUUACAUUGUCCUGUCUCCCCGGCACCAUCAUCAGAGCCUCUCAUGAUGUAUCGGCCCCGCUCGCCGCUCAGCCUGGCGAUAUCAGCAAUUCUGGCCCUAGUCCCACAUCCCGAUAAUCCGGAACCAUCUUCACCCGCAUCCGUUCUCCAGCGAAGGGCGUACGCCCAUACAUUUGCGCAACUAGCGAAUUCCAUCAUCGAGACCGAGUGUGAUCUGGAACUAUCCUCCACGGAUCCCGGUCAAGCAUUAUCAAGUGCGCGACCUUCAGUAAAUCGAGAGAGACUUCAUCCUAUGGCUCCUGAGGAUCUCGAGACUCUACUAGCCUUGCUCAUUCUUUCGGUAUAUGAGUAUUCUCAGAGAGGAAAUCUUCUCAAGAUGAGAUACCGGGCCGGUCAAGCAUUGGCUCUUGCUUUGGACAAGUCUCUUCAUUCCUGCAUGGACAACGAUGAAUUUUCUGAAGCUCGGCGAAGAGCUUGGUGGAUGACGUAUUAUUGCGUCAUUCAAGGCUCCAUUGUGAGCACCACUCCCCCGACGAUAGUCAUCAAUGACCCCCAAUUUACGACACCAUACCCACGUUUUGAAUCCGAUGCCGAGGGCUGGUCCAUCUUGAUCCAGGCACAACAAGUCUUGGUGUCCGCUACCCAAUUCAUCUCCGAUCUUAACAAGAGUCUCACGUCACAAACGGGAUUUCAUUAUAUUUUUGAACGGAUGCAGCAACUCGAUUCCUGGACAAACUCUGUCAUUGCACAGGCAGAUAUGCUUCCAAUGGUUUCCCACGAGCCAGACUUUGGCGAUCGCCGUGAAACAAUCACUGCUCAGAGUAUACGGCGAAUUUCCCGGAUUAAGUUGUGCAGUGCACAAAUCAAAACCCAUAGAUUCCGAGCCUUCUCCGACAUACCCAUUUUCAUCAAACGACACUGCGACUUGACAGCUGCAAACCCAGGUAACGCCUCAAUAGACCUACCCACGAAGCCCGCUGUCCAGGCAUCAGGCUUGAAUAACGUCUCCUGCCCAUGCAGCAAUCUCGACCACUUCCAACGCGCCCCGUCAACUGAAUACAUGACGCCCUCCGACUCCUCAACGUCAUCUGACAUCCACCCCUACAUCCCCCAAUACCCCUUCGCAUCCGGAUUUCCAUACAACCCCCAACAAUCAGCAAAGAUCUGUCUACGAUCUGCACUCACUAUCUCCCGCAUGUUUGAGACACUGCCCUAUCCCCAACCCCUAUCCGAGGGCGGGCAGCAGCAACAGCAUCGAUCAGGGCAGCCCCUGCCUCGAACGAUGCCUUCUUUCGCGUGCUGUCUCAUGCAAAGCAGUUAUGCAAUGUUCAUGAUAUUCUACAAGGCCCGCGUGGCGAAGCAACUCUCGCCGGACGUGGAGAGUGAGCUCGUGAGUGAUUCAACAGAACAACUCGUAGAAGAGCUAAGGCGAGGAUUGGAGCGAAUUAUCCUGGCCGUGUCAAAUUAUUCGUUUGCUUUUGAGGCGUUGGAUGGGAUGCGAGACGAGAUUCAAGGUGCAUAUCAAACGGCGUUCCCUUCUGCAUCCGUUUAACGAAUUCCGCUUUCUCUGAAUUGUUGUAUUUUUCUUGCGAAGAACUUCUCUCCUCUCUCUCACACCACAUUACCCUACGCAUGACUUUUGAGAAAGAUUUCUGCUGUACACGUGACUUCUCUUGUUCCAUGAUUCACUUUUAUGAUACAUACCCCUAGCUUGAGACAAUCAUAAUAAUCACACAAUAUACAAAUUGUCAAAUUUCCAAAUUAGCUACCUGCACAGAAGCCAAAAAAACAUAAGAUUGACUGUAGGGGAAUAAAGCAGAGGGAAUUGUAUAUCUCCUCUAAGAUGCCGCUAAAUUUGGGAAAACGCCGGACCGAAAUAAAAAGUCGCUAUAUCCAUGAUUCCAUCCAGAAAGGUAGCAAAGAAUUUCUAUGUACGCCAUGCUAAAGCUUCGACCGGAUACCCUCGAGCCGGAACUUGACAUCCUUCAAGACCUUACUUGUUGGCUUCCAGUCAUCGAACUGGCGAAGUAGUUCCAUAGUUUCUUCGUUCAGUUCGCGCUUGACGUAUUCCUCCUCGAGGAGACCGCGCAUGGCGAAGGGCAGGAUAUAUGGGUUCGGGGAAAUGGCAGGACUGGAUCUUUUGAUGCUCAACUUAGCAUCCGGGACGGAAGAUGUUUCUAGAGCGAAUUGGAUAGCCA